AUGUUCGGCAAAAAAUGCUCCGUUAUUUCGCUGAACGUCCUCUUUCUGGUGCGCGCGCUCCUGGCUCACGAGUGCACGCCUUGUAACCUCCGGACUUGUCCGGUCAAAGCGCCGCGCGGUGCCUGUGAGCGCGGCCGGAGUUUGGCGAGGGAUCCCUGCGGAUGCUGCGAUCAGUGCGCGCGGCUGGAGUGGGAGACGUGCGGCGGUCCGGACUGGGUGCACGGAUACUGCGCCCUGGGGCUGACCUGCGCCUCUGUCAACACGACAGGAGCUGCCACCAUCCCUGAGACUGGGGUGUGUAAAGUACUUCCUGACCAUCCAGAAGCAGGCCUCGAGGAUGAGCGCUGUCCACUCAUGACAGGUUGUGACAGAGCAGGGGGUCAGUGUGUGUGCGAUGCACGGCACUCCUGCUUGGGAUCUUUCACCUAUCCGAACAGAGAAACCUGUCUGAAGGCCGGCAAGUCAGACGGUUGGAGACACGAGCAUCGGGAGAGACACAGAGAGAAGUACGUGGGACCGGCUAAUCCUGCGUGCACGUUCUCCGGAUGCAACCUGACUGCUGAGGGCUGUGUUUGUGAAUCUCAGAGCUGCCGCCACCACUUUGCCUACAUUAACCGCAGCCAGUGCCAGGAAGCAGCAGAACAGCUGAGGUGUGCUGGGGUGACAUGUCCUGCUCUGCCAGUUCCCUCCUGCCCCAAGGGGUCAGUCCUGACCAAGAGUUACACACCCCCUGCUGGUUGCUGCCCUUCCAUAUCACCCCAGUGCACUUGUGACUUUAGUGCCUGCCAGAAGCCCCACUGCCCGAGCGGACAGCACCUCGUUCCACUCAGUCAGGCCAGCGGUCAGCCAGGAGACUGCUGUGAUGUCUUUGAGUGCCGGAAAGUCUCUCCCAAGUGUGUCUUCAAUGGGAAGGAGUUCUCGGAAGGAGAGGUGUACCGCAUGGACCCCUGCUGGCUGUGCCAGUGUCGUGGAGGAAUCUCCUUCUGCUCCAAGGCAGAGUGCGCUGAGCUAGAAUGUGAAAACUUCUACGUUCCUGAGGGCGAGUGCUGCCCUGUCUGCAUAGAUGUGGAGUUGUUGUCAUCAGACAGCACAAAGGCCAGUUGUUGGGCAAAUAAUAAGCUGCGAGCUCAUGAGGAGCAGUGGAAAGAGGAUGACUGCACCUUCUGUCAGUGUGUGGAUGGGGAUCCUCACUGUACAGCUAUGGCCUGCAAACAGAGCUGCCAAAACCCUGUGAAGAUCCCAGGAGAGUGCUGUCCCUUCUGUGAAGAACCUUCUUAUGAGACAGUUAGCCCCAUUUUGUGCCCACCUCUGGAAAACUGCACCCUGUCAGUGAAUGACUGUCCUCAUGGCUUCCAUCAAGACAAAAAUGGAUGUCUCCUCUGCCAGUGCCUUACCAAUGACUCCUGUCCUGACUUGGAAAAAUACUGUUCUCUGCAAUGUCCAAAGGGAUAUGAGAGGGAUGAUUUUGGCUGUGAGGUGUGUGAGUGCAGCAUCCCCACAUCCAAGUGCCGACCUCUGACCUGCACAAAGACCUGCCCCUAUGGAUAUGUGAGGAACAAGCACGGCUGUGAAAUGUGUCGCUGCGUCAAAUGUCCUCCCUUCACCUGCGACAAGCACUGCAGCAAUGGCUAUCGACAGAACCGGAAGGGCUGCUCCCUCUGCAUGUGUGACGAAAGCAGCCGUGUCCCAGCCACCACCGUUCCAGCCCCAACACCCAGCUACUGCCACACCUCCAACGGGCACCGUUACGAGGAGGGUGACAGCUGGCACGAUGGCUGUCGGGACUGCUUCUGCCACUCUGGACGGGAGAUGUGCGUGCUCAUAUCCUGCCCCAUACCCAGCUGCCCUCAUCCUGUCGUCAAGCCUGAUCAGUGCUGUCCCACCUGUGAUGAUGAGUCUGGCAGCGGGCAACCAGAGGUGGUUUGCAGAGCACCUGGUGGGGAAUUUUAUGUGGAGGGGGAGACCUGGAACCUGGACGAGUGCACACGCUGCACCUGCAGGAAGGGUCGCGUCCUGUGCGACACUGAAGUGUGUCCCCCGGCUCUCUGUCAGACGCCCACCAGAAACAAGGACACCUGUUGCCAUGUGUGCCCAGAGGAGACGCUGAGCCCUUUGCUGCCGGUAAACAGCAGCCAGCAGCAGUACUGCAUAACCAUCGAGGGGGACGUGCUGCUAGCAGGGGACUCCUGGAAGGCCAACGCCUGCACCAGCUGUGCCUGCAACAACGGCACCAUUCAGUGUUUCUCGCAGCGCUGCCCGGCUGUCAACUGCAGGGUACCGGUUUUACGCAAAGGCCAGUGCUGCCCACACUGUCUCGAUGUGACGACGUCGGUGCCAGUGAUCGUGUCCACCCGCUCUCCUAAGACGGUGGUCAGCACUACAGGGGGGGACGCACCUCGGAUCACCACAGUCACUGUCACACUUGUCAUUGCUGAUACAGAUAAGCCAGGUUUGGGUGAGAAUUUCCCCAGCCAAACAGAAAUGGCCCUUGUUUACCAGUCAGCAGCCUGGAUCCUGGCAGGCCUCCUCUUGGCCAUCAUUAUCUUCCUCAUUGUGGCGUUACUCAUCAACAAGAAGAAGAAGUGGGUGCAGAUGUCCUGCUACAGUGCACCAAAGAAGACGGUGAUCCUGAAAAAGCACAUAAACAAGAACUCCGUCAUCUACAUGGAACCCUCCAAGGAGAACAAGUUUCAGAACGUGAAGAACGACUGCGGCAUCAUCCACUUCGCACCGGACAUCGGCUCCCCUGACAAGAUGACCAUCCCCAGGGCCAAGCUGAGCCUGAACAACGACUGGACGACCCGCUAAAAACACAAAACAGCAAAAACAAACAAAACUUGCAGAUCAGAGCUGCUGGUUGGUUCGUCCCAACCUUCCUUUUGUGUUAUAGUCAAAUCAAAGAUGCUCAGCGCGACACAAAACACUGUUUCUUUCAUUACGUGGCCAUUUCUGUGUUUGGACGUUCGGGUGGAGUGACACGCUAAGUGGACAUGUUAAGGACACGGGAACUCUGGACUGUGCUUUACAAAAAGAAAAAGGAGCAAGCAAAAAGAGUCGUCUUUGACUAUGAACACUGUAAUGUCACUGCUUCUUAUUGCCUCCUUUGAAACUGGAACUAACGGGGGUAGAUUAAAAAGCUUUAGGACAGGGGUUUUUGGAAUGUGGUUUAAAUGGAAUCUUGGGAAGGCUAACCCCCAGGAAAUGCAACGGCGCAUCAUUAAUGUGACCAAAGAACAGUCGAAUAGCACUGCAGAC